AUGCCACAAAGCAGCGAUCGUUUUGUGGAUAACCUGAUAGAGGAUGAAGGAGAGAGGGAGACUCUUCUUGCCAAACCGACCUGCUUCAUUAUAGUUGGAAGACCGGGUGUUGGUAAAUCCACCUUGGCCAAACGAAUCGCAGAGUCCUGGAAAUGUAUCUUAAUUGAUGACACAGAUCUGCUAGAAACACACAUUAAAAAUAAAACAAAGGAAGGCAUAGAGCUCUUGAAUAUCUUAUCUGGAGGGAGAAGUAUACCAGAAGAUAUGGUGCUCCAGAUGAUUCUUGCCAGGCUUAACUCUCCAGAUGUGGAACACUAUGGAUACGUACUGAGCUGCCUGCCGUUCAUGUCAGAAGAGUGUCUGAAGAUUCAUGAGCAGAUUGAGCUGAUCAAAAACCUCAAACUAAUGCCCGAUUUCAUCAUCAACAUCAAGUGUGCAGACAAGGACCUAGUCCAAAGGCUGUCAGGCCUGAAGCAGCACCCAGAGACAGGGCAGCUGUAUAACAGGGACCAGUGGCAACGUGAGGAGGUGUUUAACAAGAAAAAGGAAAACAAGGAUGAGGAAGUAGAGGAUGAGGAGGAGCAGCCUAGGGAAGAGGAACUCCAAAAGGAUAUUAUUGACCAGAUGGUGUGGACACCAGAGAAUUUACCCAGAAAUGCUUUUUCCAGAAUCAACAUGUACAAGAAUACCAUGCUCAGACCACUGGAGGACUACAUGACAAAUCACAGCAUCCUCUACCUGUUGGAGCUGGAUGGAAACAACACACCUGAAGAGCUGCACUCAUCUGUAAUGUCCCGUCUUGGAUCCAUGGCAAUAAAGCGUGUCUCCAUUCCAGUCCUCCUCCAACAGACAGAUGAAGAAGAUUUGCCAUCAGACAUUGAGACGGAGGACCUACUGAGAAAUAUGUCCUCCUGCAGGACAGUUGCCCCUGGCUUCAGAUGGAAAAGGAGCCGCUGGGGUCGAAUUUGUCCUGUUGCCCUGAAAGAGGGCAAGAUCAUUCCUGGGAAGCCUGAAUUAUGUGUGGGCUUCCAGGACAAACUGUACAUCCUCUCAUCUCAGGAGGCCUACCAGAAGUUUCUCACAAACCCCAGACGGUACUUACUUCCUCCAAUGCCCAGGCCUCCUUGCAAAGUUUCCAUCAUUGGACCUCCACAGGCAGGAAAGAGCACUCUGUGUAAACUUCUAGCCCAGCACUACAAUGCAUUAGUGCUUGACAUGGAGGUAUUGAUGCAGCCGGUUGUGGCCAAGUCUGAACAGGAAAGGCUUGACAAAAUCAAAGAGGAGACAACACAGGUUGCUAUAGAGAAAAUCAAGAUGAAGGUGGAGCAGGAUGGUGUAAAGAAUUCAGAUGAAACUACUUCUGUAGAAGUGACAGAGAAUCAUCCAGAGGUACAAGCCAUGGUGCUCACUGCGCUGGAAGAAGCCAAACAUAUGAGCACAUCUCCUGUCGGCCUGUACGCUAAGGUACUGGAGAAGCACACCAAAGAGAUUGAAGAGGCUGACACUGAUGCAGAUGUCAGGACUGGCUGGGUGCUUGACAACUUUCCCAAGAACCUCCUCCAAACAAAUGAUUUACAGCAAGCAGAAAUCCUGCCAGAUGUCCUCUUCUAUCUCAGAGACAGUGACGGGCAUCAGGUUUUGAAGAGAUUGUAUGAGAUGAACAAGGAGAGUGUGGACAAAGCAGUAAGGAAGAGGAUGCAGGAUGAACAAUCUGAGAAGGAGAAACAGGCCUUAAACCAGAAGGCGCAAGUAUCAGAGGCCGAACCGCAAAAAAAUCUAGAGACUGUUGUUGAAGAGACUGAAGAACAUCCUGAACAAUCUAACACCAUCAGCCCUGCACAUCCUGACAUAAUCAAACAGGAAGAUGUGGUACUACCUGAUCAUUGGGAGUUGGGUUAUCCAGAUGGCCCAGAGAUGAAUGACUAUAAACUGCAACUGCAACAGUUUGUGUCUGAAUGGGAGCAAAUGCUGUCCGCCUUAACUGUAGAAGUCUCAGUACUAGAGAUUGGCAGCAAAACCCCUGAGAAUCUGCUUCAAGAGAUUUUCCUUCAGAUGGAGAAAUCCUUUAAGUAUGCAUCCUGGGAGCUUUCAGCAAUGGACCUGGACGAUGAGGCAGAGGAUAUUGAGGCCUUAGCUGAGCUGGAGAGAGCCGAGGCAGGCAGCCCUGACAAUGACACAGCAGAGGAGGAUGAAGAGGAAACAACACCGAAUAGAUUUUUAGGCGAUACCCAUCAUUUCUGCCCCGUGGUCUUGAAAAACAACAAUGUCCUGUGGCCCUGUACAAACGAAAUUGCCGUCAAGUACCGUGAGAAGACCUUCUUCUUCUCUAGUCAAGAAGCCAGGGAUUCCUUCCUUCAUAACCCUGCACAGUUUGUUGCACAAACUGGGCCCCUCAAGCCUCCCGCCCUGAGGAUCUUUUUGCUCGGCACCCGUGGGUCAGGUAAGACCACUCAAGGUGAGUGGCUCGCCCAGCAGCUUGGCAUCUUCCAUAUUCAGUUCAGAGAGCAACUCCAAAUGCUCAUCAUGGCCAAGACAAAGACGCUGGUACCUCACGCUGAUGAGGUAGCAUCAGAGGAGUCUCUAGAGGACUUGGAGGCCCUAAUAAAGGAAGCUAGGGGGGAGAACGAAAAGGAGACAGAGGAUACGUCAACCAUCAUGAGUGACAUGGAGCAGGAGGUGAUACUGACUGAUGAGGAGAAUGCCAUCAAAGCCUACCUGUCUGAUGGAGAGCCACUGAGUCAGCAGAUCCUGGAUAUGGUUAUCAGACCAUACUGGAAAGAGGAACCAUACAUGUCUACAGGUUUUAUUUUGGAGGGCUUCCCCCACAAUCCCGAAGAGGUGCAGUACAUGUUGCAGCGGCAGCUUUUUCCUGACAUUGUGAUAAUCAUGGCAGUGGAAGUUUCCGACGUUCAGAGCCGUCUGUUGCCAACAUACCUGGAGAAGUGGUAUGAGCGGCGCAACCGGCGUGAAGCACAGCUGACCCUUCUUCGUAAUCUACGUAAGAAGAACCGGGAGGAAAACAUUGCCAAGAGAAGAGCUGAACUGAUGGCAGAGCAAGCUGCUAAGGUCACCACAACAAAGGAGGAAGAAGACGAUGAGGAGGAUGAAGCUGCAGGCAACAUAGAGGAUGAGAUAGAGAGCAUGUUAGAGGACGAGUUUCCUCCAGAAGAAGAUAAUGAAGAUUUGGAGAAUGAGGAGACUGAGGAGGCAGCAACUGAGAGGCUGGAAAUGGAGAUUGAAGAGCGUUUUGUGACAGAUGAAAACAACCUUGGUUCUGUGACGGAUCUCCUGAGUGAACAAAACAUACCCAAAGUGUCAAUUGGUGCAUCUCGCAAGUUCCGGGUCGUACGGCAUCAGCUGCUCAAGAAAAUUCAGCCCCUGCUGAUCAACAGGGAGUCAGUCUUCCAAAAAUGCCAACCCAUCUCAUACAGCCUGGCACAUACACUGCUGCUCUCCUCUUACAAGCGCCACAGUGCCUUUGGUUGCUGCGACCCCAUAAAGCAAUACAAAGAGAGAGACUUGAUCCAGCCUCUGCAGUGGCCUCUCAGUUCCACACAUCCCCUGAUCUUCCAUCAGUAUAUCUACUUCUUUGCAUCUAAGGAGAAUCGCAAUGCAUUUAUGCUGAACCCCUUGAAAUAUCUUAGACAGCCACAGCCCACCCCGUCCCUUCCUGUUAAAAUGGCUGUUAUUGGACCACCUAAAUCUGGAAAAACCACUGUGGCACAGAUCUUUGCUCAGAGAUAUGGCUUAGCCCGGCUAUCCAUCGGUAGUGUUAUACGUAAUGUUCUUGACAAUCAGGCGCACACUGAUCUGGCUCUCCAGAUGAAAAAGCAUCUCUCCAACGGACUCAUUGUGCCUGAUGAACUGGCUAUUCAGUGUCUGGAGGUGGCGCUGAUGAGUUCAGUCUGCAACAAUCGAGGGUACGUUUUGGAUGGCUUUCCAAUGACACUUAAGCAGGCACAGCUGAUGGGGUCUCGGAGCAUCAUCCCCAUGAUAGUAGUUGAACUGGAGCUGGACACAGUAGAGGUUCUGAAGAGAGGCAUUGUGGACAAGAUGAAGCCCAACAAACCUCACCUAAUGCACGACAGCUCCGAGAUCCUCCACAUUCGUAACUCCUGUUACAAACAUGAAGUGGAGCAUGUGAGGCAACACUUUCAGCAACAAUAUCAGAACUGGAUCCCGCUUGACGGCUUAAAAAGCCAGUGGUGGAUCUGGAACAGCAUUAUAAUGGAGGUCAGCAUCAGCAUGAAAUAUAUCCACAGCUAUCUGGAGAGGACGGGCAGCAGACGUGCAGCCUGCAUCCACAGACUGUGCAUCACACCCAAGGAGCUGCAGUAUCGGCUUGGAGAGUUUGGCCAGUACUGCCCUGUCUGCCUAGCUCUACAUUACCACCUGGUGGAUUGUUCAGGAACUACAGCUUUAACUCAUGCUGCUGAGUACCAGGGAAACUAUUACAAGAUGUGUGACAGUGACCACUUAGAGCGCUUCCUGCUCACUCCAGAUCACUUUGUGACACCUGGCUGCCCACAUACUCUCCCACAAGCCCAUCUGUUGCCAAGAAAGCUUGCUGAGAGUGAGGUGAAGAACAAGUUCCCACAACAAGUUGAGAUGAAGGGCUUCUGCCCAGUCACUUAUCUGGACGGAAAGCAAAGAUAUGAAGCCCUAGUUCGAGGAAAGUUGGAAUAUGCUGUGGAAUAUAGAGAACGGAUCUACAUUUUUGAGACGAAGCAGAAACAAGACAAGUUUUUGAGGAUUCCUGAAACCUAUUGGGACCAGAAGGUGCCCACUAAAGUUCCUCCUCUUUGUGAGCCUGUACCCCUCACCUCCCUUCCAACAUUGGGGUACCUGGAACAGGGUGUGGCAGUAGCAGUCAUUAAGGCCAUGACAGCUGUUGGGUGUCUCAAACCAAAGUAUCCCUUCCUGACUAUACAAAGAUCAGCACUCCUUUAUGUAGCCUUCUAUCUGAAAGCCUUUAACCAAAAGAGCUCGGACUACACCAGCCAAAAGUACAAAAAGAAGCUGGCCUUGUUUGAAGAGAACUGUGCACUCAUUCCCUACCUGAGCUCAACAAUGAGAGGGAACUACAAACCUCCAAGUGAACGUCCCAUUGACUUUGAGUUCAAGCUGAAUCGAUUCCUGGCCUUGGGAGACUUGACGGGAACCAACAGUGUGCUUUAGCUGUGCCUGUUCUGAAACCUUGACUAUAGCUCUUUUGUAUUAUGUGAAGAACUGUCCGACUACAAAAGUGAGCUGCUGUAAGAGUUUAUUUUAUCUUUCAUAUAUGUAUAUUCAUCAUUUUGCUUUUAUGUGGGCUAUUGAAGUGAGGGGGGGGGUCCCUACAUUGUUGUGCAGUGAGCCCUUUCUAUCCAGUCUGCAGUAGGUGCGGUAGGUG